AUUUGUCAAAACAGAUUGCACAAAGGAGUGAUGCAAAAAGAAAAACUUAUGAACUUAGUGUAUUGUAUGUGCUCGACUGGGUUGGAUUUCAUUCGGCUUAAUUCAAUUGAAGUUGAAAUUCCGGCCGAGGUACAAGCUUCCACUUCUAUUUUAACCUUGCGUUAAUAUAUAUAUACAUUUUUUCUAUUUAAUGAAUAACAUUAAGGCUCACUAGCAGCGAGCCUUUCAAAGCCAAUUCAGUCUGUUAAUAAAUGCUGACAAGAUGCAAUCUCUGAAAAAACUUUUGAACAUCGGGAACCUGUACAUUUUUUUCUACGUUUUCGGCAGCUUUAAACAUUCAAAAGUUUUCGGCCAAUUCCAUUGGAUUGCGCUCCUACCAUUAACUUUAAUAUGCACCGUUUUCAUCUGCUUGGUUCUAAUCGUUUCAGCGAUUUACUACGAGAUUGUGGAUUUCGUGUUGAGGUUGAAGCAUGGGGAUGAUUAUUGUGGUAUUAUGGAUGGAUCCGACCUAAUUUGGGUCGUCGAACAAGGGAGCGCUUCGUUAAUCAACUCGCUUUUCAUGAUCGAUGCCAAAGAUGGGGAAGGAUGUGAACCUCUUUUUGAAUUCAUGCUAAACUCAUACGAGAAAAUCAGCAAAACGCAUGAGAAGAUGAGCUGCGUUCGAAGAUAUUUCAUGGGUUACGGGUAUUUUCUCAAGACGCACAUCAACAUUCACGAGUACGUGAAGUAUUUGGAGGACUACACGGAUGUGGAAGGAUUGAACUUGCUAAUGGAUAAGUUGAGUGACUCCCCUUUACCAGCUGGGAAUACGGCUUUGUGGGAAGUGUAUAUUGGAAGGGUUCCUUUAAAGUGGGAAAAGAACGGAGGUAAAGUUCAGUAUCCAAUUUUCAUCAAGUAUCAUCACAGCCUCGGCGACGGCAUCUCAAUAGUCACUUUAAUGACAACACAGUUAAUCGACAAUGGUGUCAACAUCAUGAAAGAAAAGUGCGAAACCUACAGAAACGUCCUUAAAAAGGCGGCUUUAAAAAAUUCGAAGCCUACUUUCUUGGAGAAUUUAAAGAAAGUGUUCAAUAAAAGUUACUACAUCACAUAUUACGGUCCGCUGGAUGACAAAGAUGAAAACAUGUUGCAAGGGAAACGCUUGAGCCACGAAAAGCACGUGUGCUACUCCUUGGAGAAAGAUACGACGAAUUACGUGGAGAAAGUAAAAUCUAUCAAGAAUCGGAUUAAGGGUAUCUCAUUCAGUGAUGUAAUCAUGUCAGCAUUUUCCGCGAGUUGUGCCGACUAUUACAUGUCUCACGACGAGAAUCCGCCGGAGAAGAUUCGUUUCGUAAUCCCACAUUAUUUAGCAUCGGCUAACUUCAAAAGCAUAGUGACAACUUGUACCAAUGGAGAAACCGUUGCAAACUUGAAGAACAACUUCGCAUUGGGUUUUCUCAACAUACAUAUAAAGGACAAGGACAUCGCCAGGAAUAUGGUGGACAGAUUGGUGCGCGUCAAUAAGGAUUCGCAAAAUUCUAAGGACAGUUUAGAUUUCCCGUUCAUAUUUUGGCAAAUCAAGGUCGUCUCGAGUCUUGUUCCUUUAUCGAUAAUAAAUUAUUCGAUCAAAAACAAUCGGAGCACGGUGGGUUUGACCAACGUUCCAGGCAACAAUACUUCGAAUCUGAUCAGUGGCCACAGGAUUAGAGACACCUUAGUCUGGGCUCCGAAUUUCUUGAAAUGCGGUAUCACCUUCACAAUAUUUACGUACGACGGGCUAUUUCGUUUCGGAUUACUGGUAGACAAAGAGAUCAUAAAGAAUAGAUCGGAAGUGCAGGAAAUUUGCGAUAACAUUUUCAAAUACAUCGAUCUCUUAGACACGAUGACCAAGGCAUAUGAUGAAAAUUGUAGAGAGCGUGGAGCCAACACGAUCAGUAUGGUAGCGAAAAUGAAACGAGAAGUAAUGAAUCUUACAAAAAUCCAUUUCGAGACUAUUAAUAGCAACGAAAAUAACUGUUCUCCAAUACAACUAAUUCUAUGUUUAAUUAUCAUACUAACUUUUAAGGCUCCGACAAAGCCAAAAUGUUACCCAAUUCUCUUCAUAUUCUACGCAAUUGUUAUGAUUGCAACCUUUCCUAUUAUAUUCAUGAUACUAGCUCUAUUUUGGUUGUACAAAAAGUUGAUUUGUCUUAUACUAUUUACAAAAUUACGUUUUAAAUUUGGAGGCAUGUUGAGUGGACAUGACACUUUCUGGACGCUCAAAGACCCAUCCAAUCCAAUAAUCCACAUCCUCUUAUACAUCAAUUAUAAAUCCAAAGAAAACUUACGAGAUGUUUUCUUGAAAGCUUUGCAAAAGAAACUCACGGACGCUGAAUCACACAAAAAAUUCUUUGCCACAAUUUCCAAAUGUAGCGGAUACCCAUACUUAAUCAAGAACCAAAUAAACAUCGAUGAUUGUAUCCACGUAAUGCCAUAUGAUGAAUAUAAAGAUGAGGAAAGUCUGAGGGAGAAUUUACGCCAAUUUCGGUAUCCGAGCAGCGGAGGUUUAUGGGAAUUUUCCGUCGGAUGCGAACCUAUCAAUUGGGGCGAAAGAAGAAACUGUUUCCCUGUCGUAGUGCGAUUCCAUCACGCAAUUGGAGAUGGAUUCGCUUUGUUACAAAUGUUACUAAACUUCUUUGAAGAAAAAGAAAUCCAAGAUGUUCGCAUAGAAGACGAUUGUACUUUCGUUCAAAACAUGAUCAAAACCUCAAUACGCUGCAUGCAUUUCUGCGUUUUACUUUAUAAUUUACCUCAGGUGAUGGUGCGGAGAGCAUUUCACAAGAACGAUGUGAAUUGCAUCCACGGUGGUGAUAUAAGCGGCGAGAAAGAAAUAGUUUGGAGGAACGAAGUUAACGCGAAAUACGUGAAAAUAGUUAAAGAACUGAAGAAACGCUUGCCGGGAACUUCUUUUUUCGAUAUAGUCUCUUCGGCUAUUUCAAAUUCAAUUACAAGACUACAAGAAAAAAAAAAAAAUGGAGCCAAUAUGUUUUCUUGUGUCAUCCCUGCGGUGCCUAAUGCAUUGCAAUUCAGCAGUCUGAAGAAGAGUAGAAGCAUCAAUUUGGAGAAUAGGUUUGCCGUUGGCGUUUUAGAUUUACCAUCGGAGACUUUCGAUAGUUGCAAAGAUCGUUUGGAGUAUGUCAAGAAGUGGACGUUCCAGUUAAAAACUUCAUUCGAAUUUCAGAUUAACUCUUGGAUAUUGGAUGCAAUUGGAUUAUUACCGGAAUGCAUUGUUGCUCCAAUCAUACAAUCUGCUCAAUCUACCAUGGUUAUAAGUAAUUUACCAGGACCUAGUAGAAUCAAUUUGUUUGGAGAUAAUGUGCUUGAUGAUAUUAUAUUUUGGAUUCCUCAUCGUGGAUUAACAGGUGUUGGCGUUUCGAUAUUAUCGUAUGAUCAAAGAUUUUCUUUAGGUCUGAGCGUGGAUAAAAGCUUUAACAUAUCGAGGAAGGAAAUGCAAACAGUUUUGGACGAUAUAUUCCGAUAUUUAGAUGAACUAUAUACGGAAACCUCUAGUAUUUAAAACAAUAAAUUUGUUGUUUCUGGUUUCCAAAAUCUCAGGCUGGGAAACCUGAAAAUGACGAUUAGAAUCAGUCCGAGGAGGACGAGUCCUGCACCUGCCCACCAAAUUAGUGAUGUAACCUCGCCGAAAAUUAAGAAACCGGAAAUUGC